AUGAUUCACGAGAAGCCUACACAAGAGACAGUGGUGUACUUUAAUCAGCCUCAUCAAGAGAAGCCUACACAAGAGACAGUGGUGUACUUUAAUCAGUCUCAUCAAGAGAAGCCUACACAAGAGACAGUGGUGUACUUUAAUCAGCCUCAUCAAGAGAAGCCUACACAAGAGACAGUGGUGUACUUUAAUCAGCCUCAUCAAGAGAAGCCUACACAAGAGACAGUGGUUUGCUUUAAUCAGUCUUAUCAAGAGAAGCCUACACAAGAGACAGUGGUGUACUUUAAUCAGCCUCACCAAGAGAAGCCUACACAAGAGACAGUGGUGUACUUUAAUCAGCCUCACCAAGAGAAGCCUGCACAAGAGACAGUGGUGUACUUUAAUCAGUCUUAUCACGAGAAGCCUACACAAGAGACAGUGGUGUACUUUAAUCAGCCUCAUCAAGAGAAGCCUACACAAGAGACAGUGGUGUACUUUAAUCAGCCUUAUCACGAGAAGCCUACACAAGAGACAGUGGUGUACUUUAAUCAGCCUCAUCAAGAGAAGCCUACACAAGAGACAGUGGUGUACUUUAAUCAGCCUCAUCAAGAGAAGCCUACACAAGAGGCAGUGGUGUACUUUAAUCAGUCUCAUCAAGAGAAGCCUACACAAGAGACAGUGGUGUGCUUUAAUCAGCCUCAUCAAGAGAAGCCUACACAAGAGACAGUGGUGUACUUUAAUCAGCCUCAUCAAGAGAAGCCUACACAAGAGACAUCUCGUCACGAGAAGCCUACACAAGAGACAGUGGUGUACUUUAAUCAGUCUCAUCAAGAGAAGCCUACACAAGAGACAGUGGUGUACUUUAAUCAGCCUCGUCAAGAGAAGCCUACACAAGAGACAGUGGUGUACUUUAAUCAGCCUCAUCAAGAGAAGCAUACACAAGAGACAGUGGUGUACUUUAAUCAGCCUCGUCAAGAGAAGCCUACACAAGAGACAGUGGUGUACUUUAAUCAGUCUCAUCAAGAGAAGCCUACACAAGAGACACCUCAUCAAGAGAAGCCUGCACAAGAGACAGUGGUGUGCUUUAAUCAGUCUUAUAAAGAGAAGCCUACACAAGAGACAGUGGUGUACUUUAAUCAGUCUUAUCAAGAGAAGCCUACACAAGAGACAGUGGCGUACUUUAAUCAGCCUCAUCAAGAGAAGCCUACACAAGAGACAGUGGUGUACUUUAAUCAGUCUUAUCAAGAGAAGCCUACACAAGAGACAGUGGCGUACUUUAAUCAGCCUCAUCAAGAGAAGCCUACACAAGAGACAGUGGCGUACUUUAAUCAGCCUCAUCAAGAGAAGCCUACACAAGAGACAGUGGCGUACUUUAAUCAGCCUCAUCAAGAGAAGCCUACACAAGAGACAGUGGUGUACUUUAAUCAGUCUUAUCACGAGAAGCCUACACAAGAGACAGUGGUGUACUUUAAUCAGCCUCAUCAAGAGAAGCAUACACAAGAGACAGUGGUGUACUUUAAUCAGCCUCAUCAAGAGAAGCCUACACAAGAGACAGUGGUGUACUUUAAUCAGUCUCAUCAAGAGAAGCCUACACAAGAGACAGUGGUGUACUUUAAUCAGCCUCAUCAAGAGAAGCCUACAUAA